CGCCGCAGCCCGCCGGGCGCUGAAUGGGCUCGCGCCGCCCGGCUCCGUCCCGCCCGCGCCGGCCCCCGCGCCUGCUCGCGCCCCGCCCGGGCCUCCGCCGGCCGCCGCCAGCCCCCGCCCCGGCUGUGAAUGAAAGGCAGGCGCCUCCGGGGGCUGGCUGGAAACGACGCGGCGACGCCGGCCUCCGGGAGGCGCGCGCCCCGCCGAGAUGUACGGUGUGUGCGGCUGCUGUGGCGCCCUACGCCCCAGGUACAAAAGGCUGGUUGACAACAUCUUCCCCGAGGAUCCCGAGGAUGGCCUGGUGAAGACCAACAUGGAGAAGCUGACCUUCUAUGCCCUCUCAGCUCCGGAAAAGCUAGAUCGAAUUGGCGCCUACCUCUCCGAGAGGCUCAUCCGUGAUGUGGGUCGUCAUCGAUACGGGUAUGUGUGCAUUGCCAUGGAGGCCCUGGACCAGCUGCUCAUGGCCUGCCACUGCCAGAGCAUCAACCUCUUCGUGGAGAGUUUCCUCAAGAUGGUGGCCAAGCUUCUGGAGUCGGAGAAGCCCAACCUGCAGAUCCUCGGCACCAACUCGUUUGUGAAGUUCGCCAACAUCGAGGAGGACACCCCAUCCUACCAUCGGAGCUAUGACUUCUUUGUGUCCCGAUUCAGUGAGAUGUGCCACUCGAGCCAUGAUGACUUGGAAAUCAAGACUAAAAUUCGAAUGUCGGGCAUCAAAGGUCUGCAAGGGGUGGUGAGGAAGACAGUGAAUGACGAAUUGCAGGCCAACAUCUGGGACCCACAGCAUAUGGACAAGAUCGUCCCGUCGCUGCUUUUCAAUCUGCAGCACGUAGAGGAAGCAGAAAGCCGGUCUCCCUCACCCCUCCAAGCCCCGGAGAAGGAAAAGGAGAACCCUGCAGAGCUGGCCGAGAGGUGCCUCCGGGAGCUGCUGGGCCGGGCUGCCUUUGGCAACAUCAAAAAUGCCAUCAAGCCUGUUCUCAUCCAUCUGGAUAACCACUCUCUUUGGGAGCCCAAGGUGUUCGCCAUCCGUUGCUUCAAAAUCAUCAUGUACUCAAUUCAGCCGCAGCACUCGCACCUGGUCAUCCAGCAGCUCCUCGGCCACCUGGACGCCAACAGCCGCAGCGCCGCGACCGUGCGCGCUGGCAUCGUGGAGGUUCUGUCGGAGGCUGCGGUCAUCGCAGCCACCGGCUCUGUCGGGCCCACGGUGCUGGAGAUGUUCAACACGCUGCUGAGGCAGCUGCGGCUCAGCAUCGACUACGCCCUGACCGGCAGCUACGACGGCGCCGUCAGCCUGGGCACCAAGAUCAUCAAGGAGCACGAGGAGCGCAUGUUCCAGGAGGCGGUGAUCAAGACCAUAGGCUCCUUUGCCAGCACGCUGCCCACUUACCAGCGCUCGGAGGUGAUCCUGUUCAUCAUGAGCAAGGUCCCGCUGCCCUCCCUGCAGCACCCCGUGGAGGCGGGGAGGACAGGGGAGAACAGGAACCGUCUGACCCAGAUCAUGCUGCUGAAAUCCCUCCUUCAGGUAUCCACAGGUUUCCAGUGCUACAACAUGAUGUCAGCCCUGCCCAGCAACUUCCUUGACCGCCUUCUCUCCACUGCCCUCAUGGAGGACGCAGAAAUCCGUCUCUUCGUUCUAGAGAUUCUCAUCAGUUUCAUUGAUCGUCAUGGCAACCGGCACAAGUUCUCUACCAUCAGUACCCUCAGUGACAUCUCUGUCCUGAAGCUGAAAGUGGACAAAUGCUCCCGACAGGACACGGUCUUCAUGAAGAAGCACUCCCAGCAGCUCUACAGACACAUCUACCUGAGCUGUAAGGAGGACACGAACGUGCAGAAGCACUACGAGGCCCUGUACGGGCUGCUGGCGCUCAUCAGCAUCGAGCUGGCCAACGAGGAGGUGGUGGUGGACCUCAUCCGCCUGGUGCUGGCUGUGCAGGACGUGGCGCAGGUCAACGAGGAGAACUUGCCUGUGUACAACCGCUGCGCGCUCUACGCCCUGGGCGCCGCCUACCUGAACCUCAUCAGCCAGCUCACCACGGUGCCUGCCUUCUGCCAGCACAUCCACGAGGUGAUAGAGACCAGGAAGAAAGAGGCUCCGUACAUGCUCCCUGAGGACGUGUUUGUGGAGAGGCCCAGGCUGUCUCAAAACCUUGAUGGAGUGGUGAUUGAGUUCCUCUUCCGCCAGAGCAAGAUCAGCGAAGUCCUGGGGGGCAGUGGCUACAAUGCGGACCGGCUCUGUCUGCCCUACAUCCCGCAGCUGACAGAUGAGGACCGCUUAUCCAAGAGGAGGAGCAUUGGAGAGACCAUCUCCCUGCAGGUGGAGGUGGAAUCGAGGAACAGUCCGGAGAAGGAGGAGCGAGUGCCUGCUGAAGAGAUCACCUAUGAGACGCUGAAGAAGGCCAUCGUGGACAGUGUAGCAGUGGAGGAGCAGGAGCGUGAGCGACGGCGACAGGUGGUGGAGAAGUUCCAGAAGGCACCCUUUGAGGAGAUCGCCGCACACUGUGGAGCCCGGGCGUCACUGCUCCAGAGCAAACUCAAUCAGAUCUUUGAAAUCACCAUCCGGCCCCCACCAAGUCCGUCAGGAACCAUCACAGCAGCCUACGGUCAGCCGCAGAACCACUCCAUCCCCGUGUACGAGAUGAAGUUUCCCGAUCUGUGCGUAUACUGAAUUCCAAGAGGCAGAGCCCCUCGGGGGGACGGAUUCCGAGGGACAGGCUCACCUUCACACUCGCCUGACCACAUGGAAACCUAGCUGGGAUCUCUGAGAAAAAGUCACCCUGGAGGGCAGCAGCUGCUCCCCAGCUGAGCAAAGGUGGAGACGCUCUGGUCCCUCCUGGCCCUCCGACCUCUUCAUCGCCUUCCCCGAGGGAGACCCAGCCACCCGCCCCUCUCAGGCCAAUAAGCAUCUCACCUGUGCCCUUUGUCUUCUCUUCUGUGUCAGCCGGGGCAGAGAACCGGGGGUGUCUCCAGAGAGGCUGAGGGCCUGAGAGGCUCCUGCUCCGUGUGCUGAGUAAAGGGCUUCCACUCGGGGUGCAGUGGGGUGCACCUGCCACUCCCCAAAGGAGGGGACUAGAUGGGGACUUGGUUGGUCGAAGGAAGCUGUAGACUGUACUCAGGAGGAACCAAGGAAAGCUCCCCUCCGAAAGAAGUGGCAGGGCGAGAGCUGGGAGAGGGGACGGCUGCUCUUAUCCGAGCACCCCCUGCCGCUGGCUCAAGUCUUUGCUCAAGUCUCCCACUUUCUCGUUCACUCUCCAGUUAUCCAUUCACAUUUCUUUCCACUGUUAAUUAAUGCUGAGCCCUGAUAACAGGAGCUGGGCAGAGACAGCACGGGGGUGGCACGGGGACGGGGUGCAGGCAGCGGGGAUAGAGCGAGUCCCCGUCCCGCUGUAGCAUCUUCUCACCUGCAUUGUUCAGAGGGAGCUGUCAUCAGCCCUGCCUUGGUUCUCUGCCUUCUGGACGUUUUUCUGAGUUGGGUUCUUUCUCUCGGGUCUCUUUCUUCUGAGGGUCCCAAGGUUUUCCCGGAGCCUCUGGGUUGAGGGAAGGCAGAACACGAUAAUGUGGUUCUAGAUGAGGCACAGAGGGGAGGCCGGCCCACAUCCCCUGUCUCUGUGUAACUAGUGUGUGCAGAAAGGAGAUGACACAGAGCCAGGGCUUCCCAGGGCACCCCCGGCAGAACCUCAGCUGGGCCUCCUCCCGUGGCAGCACGCUGUGGUCCCAGGUGGCCCUACCUUCUCCUCCAGUCAAACUCCCCACGACUUUCCUGAGCCCACAUAACUCAGUAAGGUGUGAAUGGUCAAAUAUCCCUUCCCUGGAGGGUUUGCUUUGUAAACAGGCAGAGAGUGAGUACAUUUCUUGACCCAAAGGAAUUUUAUUUAAUUUUUUAGAGAUGGGGUCUCUAUGUUGCCCAGGCUGGCCUCGAACUCCUGGGCUCUAGUAAUCCUUCCAUCUCAGCCUUUUGAGCAGCUGAGAAUCCCCUUUUAGAGUACAAUUUCAGGCAGCGUGCCUGGGGCCAGAAGCGGUUAGUUUCUGCUACGAGGAGGGCAGGCUUCUUAGCACACCGUCAGAUCACAGCCCUGCGUGCGGUACACUCGGUCCCACUGAUGCACAGCGAGAGCCCGGUUACUAGGACAGAUGGGUGUACUUUCCAGAAUCAAGGAGAACCUUAGCACACGCACUUCCCACUACAUGCACAAUAAUUUUCCUGGGGAGAGGGGUUAUCCGACCCUCACUGCUACAGUUUCCACACCUCAGAUGAAGUUCUUCCCCUUGGUCACCGUCUCGGUGCUGUGGGCACUUGGCUGCCAGGUGGCCUGUGUGAUUGCAGGGCCCAGGCGUGGAGGCUCCUGCCCGCCCCCGUGGCUUUUUGGGUAUGCUUUAUGGCUUUUUGGCUUAUGCUGAGCCCAACUUUAAAAGCAUGAACUUAGAUUUCUCUUUAAUAUUUCCAUAUUAAGAAACCAAAUUUAAAAUAACUAAACAAACUUGAAGGCAAAUAACCUUUGGAAGAAACUUUAAAGAAAAUCUAAAUCUUGAGGAACAAACAUGCCUUUCCUCCCUGGAGGCUCCCGUGUUUCAUCAUAUGCUCGCUUUCACACCAGACCUUCUGUCUCUUUCUCGUGCCUGCUCCAUGUCAGCGUCCGCCCCCAUGGCAGCUUCACCCGAGCACGGCCUGUGGGGCUCUUGAACUUGGGAGUCACUUCCCUGGAACAUCUUUCUAGAACCCACAUUAGAAUCAGAGACUGCAGCGCCCCCCAGCUGUCUCUGUCCCUCUUCCCCACCCUGGGAAUAGAGAGAAAAUAAAAAGCCCAGGUUCCCAUUCUGCGCAGACCCGACUGCUGUUUCCUUUCCAUCUCUGCAGGGCAGCCUUUCCUGCGGCACCGCUGCCUGGCAAGGACGUGCUGCUUUGGGAAGACUGGCCUUUUUCUUCUUUUUCUUUUUUGAGUGCCCUCUUCUCAGUUUCAGUUCAAACUUACACUCAGUAGAAUAACAGGUUGCCUGCUGACAUGGAGUAAAACCUGGAUUCUGGCCACACCUCAGAAUCAGAAAGGUUAAGGUGACUCGAAUGGAAAAUUAAAUAAUCCCUUUACUAUGGGGUAAAGCCGACUUUGAUGGGAUCUAGCGGGAGGAAGGUGCCAGGCCCUUGGUCUGGCAGCACUAUGUCCUGCCUUCCAAGGCCCCUGGCAUCUGGCAGCACCCUUCCUUCUCUGUUGUGAUUUUGACCAAGAGGAGCCAGCAAGCCCAUGCAGACCGUUUGCUCCCCAGAGCCACCGAGGACUGGCUUUGUGGGGAGGGGCAGGACGGGUAGCACUCUGCUGGCAGAACUCAGCAGGCAGGAUUGCAUUUGACAUCUGGAGAGCCUGUUGAUUUGGCCGAGUCACAUGGAUGCACGAGCAGCAGACGGGCAGAAAGCGCCAGCGCGGUCCUGUGGGUUGCUGCUGUUUUCCUCAAAAUGGGUCCUGUUUCCAUCUUUCUCUCUUUGAAAAGCAGAAAUAAGUGUUUUCUUGACUCCUGAAUGGCCUCCUCACCAGACAAAGAGCCCGAGCAGGACAGAACAAGAACCAAAAAGUCUCAGAUACUCUCUGUGUGCUUCCCCACCCCUGUACACAGAUGUAAGUGGAUGAGCAGGAGACGGUGGGCCUGGGACCCACUGAAGUACUUGAAGAAGCACAAGUGUUGUGUCUGUGCUCCCCUUUGCCUGGCGUGUUCCAGAUCCCAUGGAACAUGUUUUGACUGGACUUAGAAUCAAACAGCCUUGGGGCUCCUUUCAAUGGCCCAAGGGCCAGACCUGUGGGCUCUUAUAGGGGCCCUGGGUCGAUGCCUUCCACUUGCCUUCCAACCUGGCUAUUGAGAGUGAGGCUAUUUUUCCCAAAUCCUCUUCAUGACCAGAAAGUGGCAGCCAGCCAGCUGGGGGCCCAUGGGAAAGAGCUGGACUUGGGCUGUUAGGCUGAGUAUCAGGUUUAAAGGUAGACAGGGAGGUCAUCUCAUCAGGGCAGGCCAUGCUCACUUCCCAUGACCCCAGACCCUGGCAGGCAGGCUGUGCUAGAACAAGGCAUCCUCACAUCUGGGGAGAAGGUUUAGGGCAGCCUGUUGCUGCAUUGUCCCAUUCACUCUAGAAGUCUGAGGAGGGAUGGCCAUGGCGGGCCUGUCCUAGCUAGCUGGGGAAGUGGAAAGAGACUGGGGAGCGGGAAGUGCUUUGUGGCCAUGUUGGGGCAGUUUUCUGUGCUGUCCUUUAGCACCACCUGGUUGACCAGGUCUCCUCUCCUUCAGGGACCAUGGGGCCUCACAGCCCAUCUCCUGCCCCUUUGAGCUCUUCCUCCAUGACUGUCGAUUCUGGGGAGUGCAGGGUUGUAAAUCCGCAAAUGCUGCAGCCCAGACGUGUAACGUGCCUGUGUCCAUUUAGACCUUCACAGCCUGGCUGAGUGUGUACAUGCUCAUGUGUGUGCAUGUGUGUGUAAUGUAGUUUGUAGUUGACAAUAUAUGUAUAUAAUAGCUGAUGUAUUUAUAUGUGAGUGCAGAAUUAGUGCCUGUGGCAGUUUUCUGUAUUUCAAACUCAUUGAAUCACAUUUGUUUUAUUUUAGGGAAAGAGGGGAGUGGGAAGAAGUGUAGGUAGAAGGACUCUUAGCACACUCAUUCUUUAGGACUAUUAGUCGUGAUUUCCCAAUGAGCCUCUGUGAUGCCCUUUUCAAAUAAAUGUUAAUGUUGUCACCA